AUGACGACGACUUCGGCGACCCAGAAAAAAGGCAUCUUCCCAUUUCACGCACCCUACCUCAUGGACGAAUCCGACGACAUGAAGAAGCACUACCCCUUCUUCAACCUACGCCCACCGGAAAGAGGACGAUCUCCGGCCGGACUCACCAUCGUCAAAGUGAUCUACGACGAAGACAAGGUUACGAAGUCACCAUACCUCGCCGACUGGCAAAACAAAUUCCCAAACGCAGACGUGACAAAAUGGGAAAUGAAUCACGACAGGCCGAGCACAAUCUUCAUCGGCAACAAACAACAGGAAGCACGACUCAGCGACAAAGUUCAAAACAAACUCAACGAAAAAGCUGCAGUGACCAUCAAGACCAAACAUACGCCACCCAAAACCUCAGCAAAACGACAACGCUCAGACUCAUCGACAUCAACCACAAAGACGCCAAAGAAACACAAGAUCAAAGCAGCACACCAGUCAGUGCAUUACACAACUCAAAGACCCAAGGAAACAACAACAGACCUAGACGCCAUAACCCAAGGCAGUAGCCAAAGCCCUCAAACGCACCAGCGAAGAAUUAGUAACCCGAUUCACCGACACAGAGAGAAAAUACAACGACGAGCUGAUGGCCAGGUUCAUCGAAGCUCUCAACAACCACUCCGACAAAAUCAUGGUACUGGUGGACCAAAAAUGCAAAGCGAUAGGACACAUGAUAAAAGACUUAGACAACGCCAUAGGCGAGAUCAUGACAGACCUGCUUGA